AGGGGCGUGUCCGCGGCGCCGGAAGCGGGGCCGCAGCGCCGCAGGGUGUGUGUGCGUGCGCCGAGCAGCGGCCGCCGCGCUCCCAGUCGCCUCGCCCGCCGGGAUCCAGGCCGCGGUGCCGCCGCCCCCGCCAGGAGAGCCAUGGAUAAAAGUGAGUUGGUACAGAAAGCCAAACUGGCUGAACAGGCUGAGCGUUACGAUGACAUGGCUGCUGCUAUGAAGGCUGUCACUGAGCAAGGACAUGAACUGUCCAAUGAAGAAAGGAAUCUACUCUCAGUUGCCUACAAGAAUGUGGUUGGUGCCCGUCGCUCGUCCUGGCGUGUAAUUUCCAGCAUUGAACAGAAAACAGAGAGGAAUGAGAAGAAACAGCAGAUGGGAAGAGAAUAUCGUGAGAAAAUCGAGGCUGAAUUGCAGGAUAUCUGCAAUGAUGUUCUGGAACUCCUGGAUAAAUACCUUAUUGUCAAUGCCACACAGCCAGAAAGCAAGGUCUUCUAUUUGAAAAUGAAAGGUGAUUACUACAGAUACCUCUCAGAGGUGGCAUCUGGGGACAAUAAGCAAACAACAGUAGCAAACUCUCAGCAAGCUUACCAGGAGGCAUUUGAAAUUAGCAAGAAAGAGAUGCAGCCAACACACCCCAUUCGACUUGGUUUGGCUCUAAAUUUCUCUGUCUUCUACUAUGAGAUACUAAAUUCUCCUGAAAAAGCCUGUAAUCUGGCAAAGACGGCAUUUGAUGAAGCGAUAGCAGAGCUGGACACGCUGAAUGAAGAGUCUUACAAAGACAGCACUCUGAUCAUGCAGCUGCUUAGGGACAACCUCACUCUAUGGACGUCGGAAAACCAGGGAGAUGAAGGGGAUGCUGGGGAGGGAGAGAACUAAUGGCUGUCACGCUUCACUAUAUGUUCAAUGUCACCCUGUAUCCUACACAUAUAUCCCUUUGUGCGACAAGCAAAAAGAAUAGUACAUCGACUUUCACAACCUCAACGUAGCAAAAACUGUCUGUGGGGUAAAAACGGUUGGUUGGUGUUUUGUGUACUUAAAGCGGAGGUCGGUUAUUAUAAUGGCAUUCCGAACUUUCCUAUUAUGAACAUUUACAGUUAUGAUUACCGUGUUUAUAUUUUUAACUGAACACUGUGAUUAUGGGUUUUGUGAUUGCAAUUGACUUUACAAAACUCUUAUUGGUAGAAGAGUAGACAUCAAUUAUGUAACUCUGGCGAGCUUAAUUUGGCACCAAAAUAGUCGAAGUACAAUUCUGUUGUAAAGUUGUACAGAAAGUUAUAGAGAUUCUAUUGUGACACUGGGGCAUGGAAGGAAAACAGUCUGAUGUAUGGCAUUCCAGUUAGUAACACUGCUAUGAAUUAGUUUAACAGGCACACUCUGUAGACAUUUGUAACUAAGUCUGAGGCACCGCUUUCAGUCAGAAGCUCACUUUGUCAAUCCUAUCUUUCUGUGGAUGGGGUUUGUUUUGGGGAGGAGGGUGAUGGGGGAGUUAGCAGCUUGAUUUCCAAACUCUUUACACUGGCAGAUAACUGGGAUUUGACUUCUAAAAGUGCUUUCAUGCUCAUACGACAUGCAUGACUAAGCCCCUUCCCACAGCAAUAACUUACUUAAUUAUACCUUAGAUAUUCUUCAGUAGUGAGAAUUCUUGGUUCACUACCAUGGACUUGCAAUAGGAGAAGCUUCAAUUUUUUGAAUGGCCUUAUUAGUUUGGAUGAUACCAUGAAGUGAUCUACCACUUUUGCAUUACUUUACUCUUAGGUGAGUUGAAAUCUCCAUGGUAUUCCCAUUUGGAAUUUAUCCUGAAAACUUUUUAAGUAAUCCACUGAGCCAUCUUUAAGUUCACUUUACAGAAAUUUUUCUCCCAUUGGACUCUGUUCAUCCUUGACCCUCUCACCUGUUUAAACUCCAUUAAAGCAAUUUUGGACUCCCACAUAUGCAUCAUCCUUUCUUUGAUUAUGGGUGAUGUCAGGAUGCUGGGUGAGACCUGAGCCUGCUGGAGGACAGGUUUCUUUCUUGGAUAUUUGAGAGCUGCCGGUGCUGUUGCAGUCUUCAGCUCUUGUCUGCCAUUUUUUGGUAGUACCAGGAUCUGGCUCAAAUAUUCAGGAUUUCCCGUUUAUUGUACUGGAAUGCAGACCUACACAUUUGUAAUGCUUGUAAUAUUUGAGCUCCAAACGUCCUCACCUAGUUAUGUUUCAAACAUGUCCCAUUAAAUAAAACCUAAUAAGAGUUGCGUGAAUAAUGCAGUGGAAAAGAUUAGGAAUAGUCACCUAUCAGUCUCGCGGUAUCAUCCCCCUACCUUCACAUUCCACUUAGGUAUAGGAUCCAUCUGUUUGUCUGUCCAUCUGUCUGCUGAAGAGAAUUUCAUGCACUGAUUUUAAAACUCCCCUCUACUAGCUGAACAAAUUGUGCAGUUAAUACUUGGCGCUUGAUAAAUGCAGUAGUGAAUGUGGAACCGAGCCUGUCUGUAUAUCUGGUAGCUCUUUUCGCUUUGUUUUUACUGACCAGUAUUCUGCCUAAAGUUUGCUUCUGUGACGGUUAUAUUGCCUAGCACACACGUGGUUGUGAGAAUAGUAUAGCAAAAAGAAAUACCUGGUUAUUGAUGUACUAGAUUUGUGUAUGUCUUUUAAACAGUUCUAGUUUCACCUUACACAAAAUAAUCAGGAAAGUGUAAAAGAAUACAAAAAUGAAUAAUAAAAAAAAAUUUUAUCA